AUGGCCGAAGAUCCCCAACCUCUGACCCUCAAGGAACGCAUUCAAGCACUGAAUGCCGCCCAUAUCGGCCGCAUUCCUGGAGAGCCGCCACGACCCUCGUCACAACCUCCUCCUAUUGCCGCCCAGCGUCCCGUGGCGGUCAAGCAGCACAGUGUCAACAUCCCGCCGGAAAAGGUCAAUGGAUCAGUCCUUGACUCGACGCCGGGCAACCUGCCUGCUCCUCCUCCUCCGCCUCUCGUCAGAAAGCAACCUCCGCCACUCCCCAGUCGCAAUACGAGUACUUCGCUGGAAGAACAGAGGAGGGGCUCGGUAGCGUCGACUGUUUCGAGUGGUACAAAUGACACAUCUUCUUCCACAAGGACCUCGACCGUAAGGACCAAGUCGACAGAUUCGCUUAGCAGGGUCAAAGCCCCAGCAUGGGGGGAAUGCCAACUGCCCGCUCUGCCGCCCCGACACACCAACCCACAGGCUGUCACGAGGAAAUCGGACGAGCAACCUGGCUAUGCGAAUCGAGCUGCUUCGGCGACGUCUGUGGUCACGUCCGCCUUGACCCAGAAAGCCAGACCUGCCCCACCACCUCGACCCUCUCUUCCGCCGAGGCGACCUUCAUCCAAACAUGAGAGUUCUCAGCAAGAGCCUGCUGCGGAUGGCCCGAUCCGCAAGAUGCCUCCUGUGCCCUCCGCCGAGUCGAUAGAAAGGGCAAAGAGGGCUGCUUUUGGUUAUAAUGCUCCCAACGACCAGCAGACGGCUCAGAGACCUGUGGCAGCCACGGAACCGGUACAAUCGCCGAUAAGAUUUCCUAUAUCUUUACCUGUUCGCCUGCCCUCCCUGCCUUGUCAGCCAGUCACACCAAGAGAUGCUGAGAUCACUCGGCAGACGCACAAUCAGCCAGCUCCCCCUCCCGUUCCGGUGUCUUCGCGACCAGAUCUUUCGGCGAUGCAGGCUCAGAAACCCAAGUUCGCCACUACCCCAUGCAACGGCAAUCUGUCGCCACCUAUUGAUAUUUGCUUGGUCUGUCGCGACUUUUCAGGACCCGAUCACCAAGCCACCCUAUUUCCCAGAACUCAAGUCACAUCUCUCCAAACCUUGGCCCAGCAGUUGACAGCGCCAUUUCCGUCGCCGACGGACAAAGCUCGCGCAAUCUUUUCCUGGCUGCAUCACAACAUUGCCUACGAUGUCGUCAGCUUCUUCAACAACAACGUCAGAGGCUCCACGCCACAGUCAACCCUGCAAACCGGCCUGGCAGUCUGCGAAGGUUACGCCGCGCUGUUCACAAACCUGGCCACCUACGCGGGCCUGGAAUCCGUCGUCAUUUCAGGCCACGGCAAAGGCUACGGCUUCAGCUCCCUCGCCCCCGGGUCGCCCCUUCCACCCUACAACGCAGGCCACGCUUGGAACGCCGUCCGGAUCGACAAUGGAGAAUGGAAGCUGAUCGACGCGUGCUGGGGCGCAGGCCAUGUCCAGGGCCCAGGCCAACCCUAUGUCAAGAAAUUCCACUCCGAAUGCUUCACCAUGUCGAACGAGGAGUUCGGCGUCAAGCACUUCCCAGGCAACAAGGACCACUUUUUUCUGCCCGGCGGUCGCCGCAUGAGCUGGGAAGAAUACAUCGUGAUCGACCCGGCCAGUUGGCCCGACAUGGUUGAGGGCCCCACCAUCUUCACCAACGCCAAAGAGGAUUACUCGAUUGGCGAGAAAACCGUGCACCCUCGAGCGCGGAAAAUAGUCGUACGCCAGCAAGGGGCAGUCCGCUUCCAGUUCGGGCUGCGCUGCGCGCAUUGGACGCUCGAACACCACACGCGCAAGGGCCUGCCGCCGGUCUUCGUCGUCCAAGUCAGCGGAGUCGAUGGGCGAAAUAAGGAUCUGAUCCCUCUGGAGCAUUAUCCCGGGCCGGCUCCCGGGCAGCGCGGCGAUCUGUGGUGCGCGGACAUUCCUGCCUGCGAACUAGGCGCGCCGGGUCAGACAGUCACCCUUUUCGCGAUCACGAGUUUCGGCAACAGGCAGGACUGUCGCGGGCUCACUGUCCGAGAGUUCCGCGAGGGAAAAGGCAGGGUCGGAAUGGGGUUUACGGGUGUUGCGGCUUGGGAUCUUGUUUGA